UUUUAAUCUUAAACAUGUUGAGCUUCGUUACCAAGGGUGUUUUAAUCUUGUUAGUCAUUGGAAUUUCGCAAACAAAGGGCGAGUGCUGCGGUCGUGGCAGAAAUGGAUUUUGUAAAAAUUGUGCGAGGGUGGGCUUUUGGAGAUCACAAAAAUGUUGUGGCCUAACAAGUGGAAACGAAAAGGGGGGAUGCAAUAUAUUUUGUUGCAAUUGUAUCUGUGCCCAUGGACAUCCUAUUAUCUCCUGGAGGAGAUACUUGAAAGCGGGUGAAUCAAGUCACUACACUUGCAAGCAAGACGUUCACACCGUUCCUCACGGUGAUGCUGAACGAUACAUCGACCUCGAUUCCAAGAAAAACGCUUGGGACGUUUUCAACAGCCUCGAUCAAGACCAGGAUCUCAAAAUCAACCGGAAUGAGUUUUUCGACGCUAUGAAAGCUCGCUUGUCAGAUGACCACGAUGAUGCUGACUUGUUCGCAUCUCAUCUGCUGGAUACCGAUUUCCUCGACACAAUUGCCGCAUACUUGGAUGCUGAUGAUGAUAUGAUUCACGAUACCGUGAAGGACCGUGCCAUGGCUUCAAUUUUCCAGGAGUUUAACAAAAUGGAUGUGGAUGAAGACGGGUAUAUCCAGGCCGGCGAAUUCGACAAAGAUUUAAAAUAAACUGAAAGUUAUAUCCUAUUGCCAGAAAUUUGAUUUUAAAUUGAACUAUAAUAUUAUGAACAGAAAAUUUCAUUUCCGUAACAUAUGAUAGGUUGCUUUUUGUACAUAUACCAAAUAAAAGUCACAGACUGAUUGUCAACUAUUUGACCUAUAAAAUCUAUUCCGGCCCCAAUACUUAAAAUAGAAAGUACACUGAAAGCCAUCUCACGUGUAAUUGAUAGCAUUUUAUUUGUGAAAUUUGACAAACGUUAUUCCAUUUUCCUUGAACUUUAGCAUGUGUGAUAAUAGCAAGGUAUUAUAUUUUAUUAUUAUUUUAUGUAAGCCUACUUAUUAUUUUUAGCUUGUCGGUGUGAUUCAGAACCAUUUUGCGUCACAGACAUUUAGGUUUGGGAAAUGACUAAGAUUUUUUGGCAGUAUGGCAGUAACCACUGUCAUGAAUAGUGAUAUUUUUGACUUUUAUUAUAAUAUACUCAUACUUGCAUUCAAA